AUGUCAACAACCUUGAGAAUCGCAACUAUUGAUGAGUACAAGAAGGCACUGUCCCAAAAAGACGCCAUUUUGGAGCAGAAUAUAUACAACGAUGUCUUGUCAGAAUACUUAAAUUUAGGAGGAGCACCCAUGGACGCUGUCAACCUCUUAUCAGAAUCAUACAUUGGUAUUCCUUCCAUGUGUAAUGCCACAGCAGUGUCUGUCGAUUCGAUCGGACUCAACAGUGACACCAUUUUAAGAGAAGCCAUUAGACAACAAUUGAAAAACAGGUUUGACCCUGUACGCUGUGAUCAAUACUUUUUGCAAACAGACACUGAAACAGCCCCUGCAUGGCUUGAAGUAUUGAUCAGGGAUCCUCAAUGGAGACAAACCAUGUAUGAAUUAUUGGAAAAGCAUCCCAGCUGCAGUUUUCUCAACUUUGCUAUUCUUCGAAUUGCUGAAGCGGGACAUGAUAAAGAGAUCUCCAAGUUAAGAACUGCAUCCACCUAUGUCAAAGUAUAUAACUUGAUUCUCCAAGAUGCUUUAACAGACCUUGUUACAAAGGAUGAUUUGGAGUUUGAUCAAGAUAUACCCAGUCUCGUUAGAGUUUGCUGUGAAAGAGAGGAUACUUACUUGUACGCACAAAUUUUGCUUCGAAAAUUAUACGAUGAAUAUGGAGCGACACCUUUCACUCGUCUUCGUCGAGAAUUAGAGUUUGCAGCCAGAAGUCGAGGAAACCAUGCGUUUGUAGAUUUAUUACACAGUCAUGUCUCGCAUGCACCCUUGGAACUCUCCAGAACCAUCAAAUCCACCAUGAACUCGACCCAUAUCACACCUGGUGAUUUGAUCACCUUGAAGCGAUUUUAUUCAUCCGAGAAUCCACCUGCUACAACCUACCUGUGUGAAUAUGACUUGAUUGUCAAGAUGUUGCGAUCACUUUAUGUUCCUCAUCAUGGAUCCUUGCUGAGACUGGAUCUUGUGGAUGAUGUGACUUAUUUGAUCGCUUAUGCUACCACCAUGAACGACACCAAACCCAAGUUACAGCAAAAAGACGAUAUCUAUAAAGUGCAACUGGUCUUGAAGGAUUUGUAUAAUUCGUUGGCCAGUAAGACAGAAGUAGGUAGUAUCACAGGUGCCAUGAAAUACAUCAUCAGUGCUAUUCGUUUCCCUGUGGGAUCUAUGGGUGUUCUUUUAUGGAUCGAAUAUAUGGCUAUUAAUACCGCUUAUUUCGAAACUUACUUUCGUACAAAAGAAACACCUGCUCUCUUGUUAAUAUUGGAUGAAAUUGCAGACCGCCAUCAACUUCAACAACCGAUCGUAUUUGAUGUGAUUAAAAAGUGUAUUAAACACAAGACACCUAUAUUUGCACCCGAGAUUCAAUAUUUUAGUGGUGUGGGACGUGAAUUGGAUGAUAGUUUGAUAGUUCACUUUGUCAAGAAAGUAUUGAUCAUGGCAAAAGCCCCUUAUAGUGUGACAUUUGUUGCACAUGUUGUUGCAAUUGUCGAGCCGCUUGUUGAAAAUUUGACAUUAAUCAAGGACGUCCAAAAGUUGGUCACCUACUUUUUAGAACAAGUUCUAAGCAGUGGAGAACCUUUAAGUGACGAGUUAGGACAAUCAAUGACUUCCAUCAUUCGUAAAUACGACGAUCCUUUGUCAAGCUCCAUGUUUGAUACUGCUCCUUCCAAUUCGAUUUUGGGAAACACAAUGACCACAUCCAUGUUCUCUUCGCAAUAUGAACAGGAUCCUUGGGGGAGUCAUGCCGUUGUGAGUUCACCCACCGAUAUCAAUAGGUCUUAUACCACUCCUAAUCUUGACUAUAACUCUAAUUUUUCUUCCAAUAAUGACCAACAAGCUCUCAACUCGACCACUGUAUUGUCGGGUGUUCGGUUACCAAACAUGUACGAACAACUUUUCUCUACCAGUCAGCGCUCGGGAAGAGUCUCGCUUUCAAGCUUAAAUAAUAUCUUGUCAAAAGGAAAGAUUUCGGCUAAUCACAUUGAAAUGGCAAGUAUUAUGCAAAUUGUGGUACCCGAUGGCGCGUCUUAUGUAACUCAGUCUGAAUUCAAUACCGCCAUCGCAUUACUUGCCUGUGCUCAAAAUAAAAUAGAUGUGUCACUGGAAAGUCUGAAUAGAAACAAAAAUUACUUACCAGAACCAAGCAUGUACAAUAAUGAAGAGGAAGAGGAGGAACAAAAGACGCCAUUAACACCCGUAACACAACCCAUCACCGAACCCACCACCAAAUCCAACCAUACGGCCAGCAACGGAUAUCCAGGCAUGAAAUCACCCAAAACAGCUUCUUUCAGUCAUGACAGUAAAAAGCUCGAUACACGCCACUGGUUUAAGAACUUGGAAGAAAUUGCGGUGACAGUGGCUCCCGAACGAGAAGGGUUUAUAUUUAAGCAUGUAAAUUACAUUGUCACCAACGAAAAGCGAUCUUCCAUUGUUCUCCGCAGAUACAGUGAUUUUUGGUGGUUGCUAGACGUUCUUAUCAAGCGAUAUCCAUUUCGUGCUUUACCCAAUUUACCUCCCAAGAAACUGGGAGGACGAGAUGCCACAUUCUUGGAAAAGAGAAGAAAGGGUCUGUCCAGAUUUAUCAAUGCCAUUAUUCGUCACCCCAUCCUCAGAAAAGACGAUAUAGUUUCAAGGUUUUUAACAGAGCCUAGUGAACUAGCUGCUUGGCGCAAACAGAAUCCUCCCAACUUGGACGAAGAAUUCAAACGAAAGACGUAUAAUAUGAGGGAUCUGGAUGAUAUGGUACCUACCAAUUUGGAUGAGCAGAUAGGUAAAGCAAGGAAGAGAGUGACGGCUGGUAUCAAUCACUAUGUCAACCUCUGUUUUAUCAUGGAGCGUAUGAUCAGACGUAUGCACGGUCAAGCCACGGACUUUUCUCGCUACUCCAUUGCCUUGAAUUCAUUGGCUGAGGCUGAAUUAAGGUAUCACGCUGGCGAGUGUAGGAACUGUCAACAUGUGGUGAAGGGUUAUGAAAAUGUUGCUAAGCAUAUGCAGAGUGAAAGUAGUAUAUUGGAGGACCAAGUGGGCUCAUCAACAGAUGGCGUAUUAGAAAACCUGAAAAAAUUUAGAGACUUAUUGGUAUCAUUCAGGGAUUUGGAUGAGCGUAGAGUCAGAAUGUCUGCAAAUCAAACGGAAUUGAUCAAUAAACGGUUACAAACGAACCGUGCCAAAGUGCAUCAGAAUAAGGGAGUACCUGGAUUAGAACCUGAAGUUCAUAAAUUGGAGGAAGCGAUUCGAGCUGAUGAAGCGGAACUGUCCAACCAGCAAAACCGUCUGGUCUUUAUCAGAUUCUGCAUGUGGUCUGAAAUGAUUUACCUGCACAAACAACAAGCAUUCGUCUCUUCUCUAUAUCAAAGUUUUGUCAAAGACACCAUUCUUUUCUCAAAGUUGCGAGCUGAUAAUUGGCAAGACCUUGAAUCGCCUACCUUUGAAAUGCCUGCUGAUGUGGAUUUAUUUGAAUAA